AUGGCACAGAGAACCAUUAGACAACUAGCCACCUCCCAUAAUACAGUUACCCAAAGUAACAUUGAAUACCCUGAUGUUAAGUGGGAGUUGAGACCGGACCUACUAAAUGUCUUACCGAAGUUCAAUGGGUUAUCAAGGGAGAAUCCACACAAGCACUUAAGACAAUUCCACAUGCUGUGCAAAAACUUUAGAUCUCCCAGGAUCACAAUAGAAAGCCUGAAGAUGAGAGUUUUUCCUUUUACCCUUCAAGGAGCAGCUCAAGAUUGGUGGUAUUAUCUCUCUGCACGGAUUACAAAUUGGGAAACCAUUGAAAGACUAUUUCUUGAAAAGUAUUUUCCUGCAUCUAGAUUAUCUGCCAUCCGUAGAGAAAUUCAAGAUAUAAGGCAGAGAGAUAGAGAGAAUCUUAGUGAAUAUUGGGAAAGAUUCAAGAAAUUAUGUGCUUCAUGCCCUCAACUCCAAAUGGUAAACUUCAUUCUAAGCUUUUAUGAAGGCUUAAGUCCAACUGAUAGGUCAUGGGCAGAUGUUGCAAGCGGAGGAUCUUUCUUAGACAGGUCACCAGAAGAUGGGAUAGAUAUAAUAGAACGGAAGGUAGUAGACAAUCAACAGUAUGAAAUAAGAGAAAACUCAGUGACUUUGUUGAAAGGAGUUCAUGAAAUUGAAAACGGUGUAGUUGAUGGAAGGGGGAUAGAGGAAAGAUUGAAUAAUCUAGAAAGCAAACUCGACAAGAUUGCAAGUUUGUUUAAACCCUCUACACCACAAAUUGCUAAGAAGUGUGGAAUUUGCAUUUCAACUGAUCACUACACUGAUGAAUGUCUUAGCUUGAUGGAAACUACUGUGGAAAACUCAUCCCAAGUUUUUGCUGCGAACACGUUUGGAGGAAAUAGACCAUACCAGAAUUAUCAUGAUUCAUCCUCCAAUAGUUAUCAACAGAACAUGCAACCUUAUGUUCGAUCUCAACAAAGGCAACCUUAUGUUCCACCUCAACAAAGGCAGCAAUUUCAACCUGAAAUGUCAUUGCAAGAUUUCAUGAAGAAGAUGCUUGAGCAAAAUUCAGAAAUCAAGAAAUCAAUUGUAGAUUUGACUCAAAGGGUGGAAAAGUUAGAGGCUAAGGAGUCAAAUAAGUUGCCUGCACAAACAGUGAUCAACCCGCAAAAUCUAAGUGUUAUUACUCUAAGAACGGGUAGGCAAGUACAAGGCCUUGAUGGAGCCCAAGAGGAUGAAGACAAGGAGAAAGAAGAAGCACAAAUUGAUGACAAUGGAGGACCAAAUGAACCAUCACCUGAGACUACCACCGGGAAAUCCAGAAGGCAUUUUAGGGACAAUGAGGUUGUGAAUUUAGGAAGAAAUGUGUCAAGCUUGAUUAAGAAGAAUAUUGAAAUACCGCAAAAAUGCAAGGAUCCAGUGUUUACUUCUCUAUCUCUGGGACCUCUUAAGACUACUGGUGUGGUCAUUCAACUGGCCAAUCAUAGCACAAUUAACCCUGCAGGAUGA